UUCCGACAGACAUUGCUUUAGUUGCCACAUUCUUCGAUCCAAGGUUCAAACAUUUCAAUUGGGCGACAAGCGUUGAGCGAAACAGAGCACAGAAUUUGGUGAAGACUCUUUAUGAUAAAUUAAAAAUAAACCUUGCUAUUCCGGAUGACAAUGAAGAGAAUUUGUUGGAAGCAAGUUCUACACAAGCCGAAACAGAUGAUGAUGAAGAAAGAUCAACUGAUUUUAAAUUUGUUCAACUAAAUUUAAAAAUCAUUGUCAAUGAAACAAGAAAAUUAUUUUCACUGGUUGUUACUGAAGAAUAUAAAGCCAAAAUCGUUUUAUGA